GGAAACGGAGUAUUUGGUCAGUCGACAUCCAGAUCAACAGUUGCAUAACAAAAGUAUCCCUGUCUGUCACGCUUCAUUGCUCACUAUUUUUUUUGCGAGUUUGGUUAAGGUCCUGUAAUAGCGAUGUCUGGAAAAGUUGUGUUGCACUACUUCGAUGGGAGAGGAAAAAUGGAAUCAAUUCGUUGGCUUCUUACAGUUGCUGAAGUUGAGUUUGACGAAGUGCAUUUAACACGCCGCGACCAGUACGAAAAACUUCUGGCUGAUGGAGUGCUCAUGUUUGAACAGGUCCCAUUGGUGGAAAUUGAUGGCAUGCAUCUUGUUCAGACAAAGGCAAUCUUGAAGUACAUUGCAGAGAAAUACAAUCUAAAUGGAAAAGACAUGAAAGAGCGGGCAAUGGUCAACAUGUAUUCUGAGGGGCUGAUCGAUCUCAUGGAGAUGAUCAUGAUUUUACCCUUCACACCGCCUGCAGAAUUGAAAACCAAGCUGGAAACGAUAGAAACAAAAGCAACAGGCCGCUACCUGCCAGUGUUUGAAAAGGCGGUCUCUGGUUCCAUCUUCCUGGUGGGUGGACAGCUAAGCUGUGCAGAUGUCCAGCUGAUGGAGUGUUCCCUGAUGUUAGAGGAGAAGUUCCCUGGCAUUCUGGCUCAGUUCCCCAACAUCAAGUCUUUCCAGGGCAGAAUGUCAGAGAAACCAGCUAUUAAGAGAUUCCUGCAACCAGGCAGCAAGAGGAAGCAUCAGCCAGACGAUACUUAUGUGAAAACCGUUUUGGAGGUUUUCAAUCUUAAAUCGCCAGUCUUUAAAUAGAUACACAUUUCUUAAGCAUCUCGAAUGCUAAGUUCAUUAAGCCAGACUUAUGUAGAGUAGUGAUUGGUACAAUUAUUAUUCUCCAAUAAUGCAAUACUUAUGAAAGAAAUCGCCUAGCUUAAUAGCAAAUUUAGUUUCGAAACGUGAGUUUUAAAUUGUACACGCUUGUCAUGAUUAAAGACGAAUGAAAUUGAAUAUUUUGAGUU